AUUCCUCUUUUGUCACUACAACGAGGAAGUAGACAGGACUCAGACACCACCAGCAACACCAGCAGCUCUCACUUGUUAUCGCUGUGUUUUACGAAAGUCUGCAUCCUGCCGUCGGGUUUAGUAGUCAGGGGGGUUAACUCAUCAUCUCGUUAACGGACGCGUGAGUAACCGUUGCUACGUGCGAAGCUAGUUUGCAGUUAGCCUGUUUUAAAGAGAAAAUGACGAACAUCCCGCUCUCUCGCUCGGAGGUGUUUGGUGAGCUGAGGAAGGAGCUGCAUGAUGAUAAAGAGUUCCACCAGUCCGACACUCACGUCUUCAUCAUCAUGGGAGCAUCGGGAGAUUUGGCCAAGAAGAAAAUCUACCCAACUCUUUGGUGGUUGUACAGAGAUGGCCUCCUUCCAGAGCAGACAUACUUUGUGGGCUUUGCCCGCUCUGACUUGACAGUUGAUGCCAUUCGGGCUGCUUGCAUGCCAUACCUGAAGGUGACGGACACGGAAACAGAGCGCUUGUCAGCCUUCUUCAAGAGGAACACGUACAUCAGUGGGAAAUAUGCAGAUGACAGUUCCUUCAGCAAACUCAACACACACAUCCUGUCUCUGCCCGGAGGAGCUGAGGCGAACCGUCUCUUCUACCUGGCACUGCCUCCUACCGUCUACCACGAUGUUACCAAGAACAUCAAGCACUGCUGUAUGAGCACAAAAGGCUGGAACAGGGUGAUCGUAGAGAAACCAUUCGGACAUGACCUUCAGAGCUCUGAACAGCUGUCCACUCACCUCUCAUCCCUCUUCACUGAAGACCAGAUCUAUCGUAUCGAUCACUACCUGGGCAAGGAAAUGGUGCAGAACCUCAUGGUGCUGAGGUUUGGGAAUCGCAUCUUCGGGCCAAUCUGGAACAGGGAAAGCGUGGCCUGUGUCGUUCUCACCUUUAAAGAACCGUUUGGUACUCAGGGACGUGGGGGAUACUUUGAUGACUUUGGCAUCAUCCGAGAUGUCAUGCAGAACCACUUGCUCCAGAUGCUCUGCCUGGUUGCCAUGGAGAAACCAGCAUCCACCAGCUCUGAUGAUGUCAGGGAUGAAAAGGUGAAGGUGCUGAAGUGCAUCGCUCCAGUGUCCAUGUCCGAUGUGGUGCUGGGUCAGUAUAUGGGCGAUCCAAGCGGUGAGGGAGAUGCCAAACUGGGUUAUCUUGAUGAUCCCACGGUUCCUAAAGGAUCAACACAGGCCACCUUCACCACCGCUGUACUCUAUGUGCACAACGAACGCUGGGAUGGUGUUCCUUUCAUCCUUCGCUGUGGAAAAGCUCUGAACGAGAGGAAGGCUGAAGUGCGGCUGCAGUUCACAGACGUCCCGGGGGACAUUUUUGGAAAUCAGUGUCACAGGAAUGAGCUGGUGGUGCGCGUGCAGCCCAACGAAGCCGUCUACGCCAAGAUGAUGAGCAAGAAACCCGGCGUUUACUUUAGCCCCGAGGAAACUGAGCUGGACCUCACCUACAAGAGCAGAUACAAGGAUGUGAAGCUUCCAGACGCUUAUGAGCGUCUCAUCCUGGACGUCUUCUGUGGGAGUCAGAUGCACUUUGUACGCAGUGAUGAACUAAGGGAAGCAUGGAGGAUCUUCACACCUCUUCUUCAUCAGAUAGACAGAGAGAAGCCCAAACCUAUUCCUUACAAAUACGGAAGCCGCGGCCCGGCAGAAGCAGACGACCUCGCAAAGAGAGUUGGAUUUCGCUACGAAGGCACUUACAAAUGGGUCAGUCCUCAAAAACUGUGAAUUGCGAUGAGAUGAGGGAGGAGUAGAGGAAAUGAUAGUGGGAGGGGUGCAGCAGGGUAAGUGAGCCGAAUCAGGUUUCCAGUGUCCUAGAGGAAGGAGGGAAAGAAGAAAUGAAGAAAGGAGGUGUUUCCACUAUGUGGAUCCAUCUCUGAAGCAGCAAAGAAGAAAGAAGCUAUUUAAAAAAUUGAGUAUGUCUCAGGUAUAGAAAUUAUUCCUUGGAGCUAGAUCAUCACACAUACAAAACCACUGGUAGUUUAUUAUUGGACCAAGACAAAACAAAUCUGAACCAGGAUAUUUAUUUGAACAAACUAAAUGUCUGAUGAACUAGCUCCACGUCCCCUGUCACCAUUAAUUAGCUUUCAAUUUGUCAGGAUUGUAAACGGAAAAACUUGAGUAUUAAGAACAGACCAGAGCAAUAACAAACUCAGCUGAGUCACGCUCACCCGGUGUAAGCACUGUACCAAAGAUGGUAACAAAACACUGCAAGAGACGAGGAGCAACGGGAUCGAUUGUUCACCAGCUGUUAACUCUUAUAACCAUCGUGAUUGUAAUACUGUUACACUUUAACUGCAUUUAUUAAUUAAUAAUUAGUGGAGUUUUCUUUUUACAACUUACAUAAUUUUGCCUCCUCUGCCUCGGACCAAGGUCGUCAUGGCUGUUUAAGAUAAACAUACCAUGUGGUGUACAAAGGGCAAUUCAGGCAGUUUCUCUUCAAAGCAUUCAUACUGGAAUAGUCUUAAGUGUCCUUACGGACAAGCAAAACGAGCUCUCUGUGCUGUUUAGUCACCUUAGCUGAGCUUCAUUCCCCUUUUUUUGUUUACAUUUUUUUGUUUUAUUUAAGAUACAGAUGUUGAUUCCAUAUUUUCAAAUGUAGACCGCAGCAGCGUCUACCAUAGGUCAAUAGUGAAUGUCUCGGUGAUGACGUACUGUAUACUUCUGUCGACUGCAUACUCACACGUAAAGCUAGCUACGACUUCACCACUUGGAAUAAACAAGUUUUGCUUCUCUGUUAAUG